AUGGCGGUGCCGCGCGAAGGGUGGAAGGCGACGGACUUUGUAGUGGACGACAUGGUGUACUCCAGCAUUGACGUGCUCAUAAUGGACGCCCUACGACACCUACAAUGCUUGGAGAAGAAUAGCACGCUCAGGCUGUACACCGCGUUCAUCUACCACUACAAGAAGUGGGCGGCGAAGAUGCUGAAGCAGCUACGCGACAAGCUACCCCAUGAGCAACGACUUAGGCACGUCGACGAGAUCGACCACUACAUCCGCGACAACAAGAAAGAGGAUUGGUGCAACGAGAAAGUGGUCCGCCGACAGUACAUCUGGCUGCACGGCCCUAGGGUCACCGAAACCCGGCUGCGCGCCUACGUGAAGCAAAUGAGCCGUGAGUGUAACCUCAUUGUUGACCAGCCCGGGGAGGAGAACAAUGCCACGCGAACGGGGCCUGUGAGGAACUGCGCCGACCGUCGACGCGGCACCAUCGGCGAUACCUACACCGCCGAGCAGUUCCGCCAGAUCAUGAUGAGGGUGCUGCCGACAUGGGCGGCGGCGGCGUGGAACCCGCGGGCUACCACUCCGUCGCAGACGCUGUGGCGAUUCCUGCUCAUCAAGGUGCUCACGCUACUCUCCCACCACACUCUCCUGCGCGGCGGCAGCAUCCGCGAGAUCACGCUCCCCGACAUCUUCUUGUACCACCUGGCGAGCACCUCGGAGGUGAACCCGGAUAGCCAGCCGGUCGUCAUGGUGAUCGCCGCGCGUAACUCGAAGACUUCCAAGGAUGCCCGUCUUCAGCAGAGCUACGCUGCGCGACACCUGGAAGCGGAGCUGUGCGCCGUCGGCGAGACCGGCCUGUGGCUGCACUUCAUCCUCGACCAGAUCGGUCAGUUCUCCGGCACCGACUUUCUUUCGCCGCUUGACAUCACAGAACGCGAACGCUGGUACAAGAAGCAUCUCUUCUUCGCCAGAAACGACAAGGAGCAGGAGGAGCUCUCCUCCGCCACCCACCAACGUUGGACUCGGCAGGUGUGGACGACCAACAAGGUGUUCUGCAAAAGGAACGUGCACGCCGCCCGCGCCGGAGGUGCGCAGGAGUUAGCCAUCGGAGGGACGCCGCGCGCCCAGAUCGCCGAGCUGGGACACUGGGCUCUCGACAAGAUGACGCGUGCGUACAUCACGGCCAUUCCCGUUGGGGUGGUGAUGCAGAAGGCCGGCUACUCGGGACUCAAGCAAGACUACUUCUUGGGGCGCAGCAGGGUCGAGCCCUCCGACAAACUCCUGGACCUGCUCGCCGAGCACAUCUUCCCCGGCGUGGAUGCUAUGCUGCGCGAUGCGGAGACGCGUGCCGUCAACGGGAGCGACGCCGCUGCAGCCGCAGUGCACUUCUUGCGCACCCUCGUGAUGUUCCGACGAAUCGUCGCCGAGGACCUCGCGGUGAAGCUCGUCCGCACACCGUGGCACCCGUACGUCCAAGGUUCCAAGCUCUGCAGGAUUGCCCUCUUCCAGCACUGGGCGAAAAGGGUCGAGUCGGUCGACACCGAUACGAUCAAAAAGCGCCGGGACCCGACUCAGAUACAACCGGAGGAAAUAUCCGUGCGCAUGGACACACAGUAUCACAACAUGUCCCUCAAGGAGGCGCUGAAGAAGGAGGUCGAGCGCUCGGCGCUCGAGAAGCUAGGCUUUCAGGAGACGAUCGAGAAGCAAAACGACACCAUCGCGUCGCUCACCACCGAGCUUGCUCGACUCACUGAGGCACUCCGUGUGUCAGAAGCCCGGAGGAUGCCGGCGGCGCCGACGUCGGCUACCGAUCAAACUCCGGGCGAAGGUGGCUCCGCGGAUUCGGCCAACACGGGGACCGGAGCCAAGAGAGAUGAUGGGAAACCCCCGCCACCCCCCCAGACGGCAGAGGAGGCCAGUUACGAGCUCAACGUCGUGCAACCUUGGCGGGAUUCAAAGACCGUGCGGGACGCUUGGCGCCUCUGGAACUCCGCCACCGCCAAUGACACCCGUCGUCUUUGCGACAGGGUCGCCGAGCCGGGGUUCAUCGACCGCCACACCCUCCUCAAAGGCGCGACCCAGGGUGCACUCAACAUGAGGGUGCGCCGCAUGCUGAAGGCCAUGGAUGCGGUGCGCCAGCUACGCGCGAGCGACGGCGAUGCCGACACCGAAGCCGUGGUCGAUGCACUGAACAAGAUCGCGGCACCGGGCAUUGGUACCUUCUGCGAUGCCCUCACGGUGCUCAACCCGGUGACAGCACCGACGAUGUCCAAGGAGCCUGGCAUGGGCGUCAAGGGGCUUGGCCCCAAGGUGGUCUCGAAGCUACGCCUCGCCUGUGCGCUGGUGGCGCUCGAGCUGAAGCCGACGACGUGGGUCGACCGCCUGUUUCCAGACACCUGGGAGGAGCAGAUGCCGAAGACCGUGGCCGACUUGGCCAAGCAGACCGCACCUGCGCAGCGUCCUCCGUCAAAGCGCCAGAAGUCGGCAUGA